GAAAACGGCUGAGAAACAAUUCUGUGCUGCAAGAUAUCCCUGAGAGAGCAAAGGAUGCGCCUUUACAAUACAAUAUGCUCUCCAGGCGUCCCCACCGCGUGAUUGGUGGGCAAGUAUGAUACUCAAAAUACAAAACCGGAUACUGUACCGAACUCGGGCGGGGUUCAGUUUAGGGUUUGUAAUCGCUCUCACUAGAGCACACCUCUAUAAAAUAGCUGCCUCCCCCCCCAGUAACGAUGAUCACCUUCCCACCACACAACACACAAAAAAGCCCUAAAGUCCCCAAUAUCUCAACGCCCACCAUCACCCCAGAACUCAUCAAAUAUCAACAAUCAACAACGACACCGCCGUUCGAAAUGCCCUCCACGCGCAUACUUCUCAAAUUAAACUCGAACCAAUCCAUUAGCGCGCCCUAUUUAUUACCCCAAACAAUCAAUCCUCGGGCCCAGGUCCUCUCGUGCGCCAAGUCGAAAUUCCGCGUAAAAGUCACCAGAAUAUUCCUUCCGGGCGGUGAAGAGCUCCUUACACCACAAGCCGUUCAAGAUGUCAUUGACUUAUCCCACGAGCGCCGUACGGUGGGCCCAACCUUUCUUGUUUCGGCCGGCGAGCCAUACGUCGGUGCGCUAGCGCCCCCAUCGCCGGCACGCGCUGAGAAUAGCGCGUGUGAGGUGCAUGUGUUAGCGGAAGAUUCAUACAUCGAUCCGCAGGCCAUCGCGCAGUUGGAAGCCGCCGCCAAGUUGCCCGGGAUGGUACGCGCUGUCGGAUUGCCGGAUUUACACCCUGGCGGGAAGUUCCCAAUUGGCGCGGCGUUCGUUUCGGAGCGUUAUAUCUAUCCAUCCUUAGUGGGUAGUGAUAUCGGGUGCGGGAUGACUCUGUUUCUGACCGGCCUCACCCGGAAAAGACUGGAGGACCAAAACGGGAUAAAAAGAGUAGCUGAGAGUCUGCGGGGCCUGGAAACUGCAUGGAGGAGCCCUCAGGAGAGGGCGGCCUGGCUCGGGGACUGCGCUGCUGGCGAUGAGUGGGACAAAUUGGUCGGAACCAUUGGUGGCGGGAAUCACUUUGCCGAGUUUCAGAUUGUGGAGCACGUGGAGGAGGGGAAUGGAUUGUGCUCGGGGAUUGUGGUACUUUUAAUCCACUCUGGGUCUAGACGCUUUGGAAAACACAUCCUGGAGACGUUCACCAAAGACGACAAGUCCAUUUCGCUGGCCUAUGGCGAUCCGAAGACGGCUGAAUAUUUGAAGCUCCACACACAAGCCUGCAAUUGGGCCAGUAAGUCAAGGGACCUAAUUGCUCUACGAAUCUUCGAAUGCAUAGAAGGGAGCCGCUGGGCACUGCCGGAAACCAUAGACCUGGACACCACAUCGCAUCUAAAGACCAGGCUACAGGGAAGGAGGGUCCUGGAUAUCCUGCACAAUAGCGUGACGCCAACUCUCUGGCCCCCGCACGCUGAAGCACAAUAUCAGAAGCCCAUGUUCAUCCAUCGGAAAGGUGCCGCGCCCGCACCACAAGGAGCACCCUUCCUUCCACUCCCCGGAAGUCGCGGCACCCCAACCCUACUUAUCAAACCACUCUUCUCAGAAAUUAACCAAAACGGGUUCAAAAACGGACUUUCCCUUGCACACGGCGCUGGUAGAAUGCUGUCAAGAAACGAAGCCCGCGGAUUGUCACGAAAAUACAACAACGACGUUAAAGUACUCACAGAGAUGAAGCCGAUGGGGAUGAGGAACGGUGGGAAGGGAAGAGUUGUUACUAGUGGCUAUGUCGUUUGCGACGAAAAGGAAUUAGUCUGGGAAGAGGCGGUGGAGGCAUACAAAGAUGUCGAGGUCGUAGCACAGGAUUUGAGGAAGCGCGGGGCUGCGAGAGUUAUCGGAAAGUGUAUUCCUAAAGUAACCUAUAAGGUUAGAAAUGAGUCUUUGCUGUAAGGAGUAGUCUUAUUAUUACUCAUUACGGCGAGGUUUUAAUUGGGAAAACGUCAUCAAUCCCCAUUCGCAGGGUCAAAAGUGCCGGAAACUGACUGGCCAGUGUGAAAUCGAUGAACGGUAAGAUAAUCCGGGUUUACCCUUUUACCCAAGCGGUGCCAUGAGUAAAAGGCCUUGCUUUGAUUCAAUAAUCUUUUCCCGCAUAACCCAAGAAUACGACUACUAGGGUAUCAAGACAGCCCAGGGUGAGAUCCCGUUGACGGUAGUCUCGGUAUUACAUCACACUUGAUGGGUGCCGAGCACGAGAGGCAGUGGGCAGCACCGCCUCCCCUGGAGAAGAUAUCGUACAUAACCUGAAUGAUGGGUUUUUACUCAUUCGCACUGCUCGCUACCAGCAUAACAGCUGGGGAA